UGAAGAAUCAAACUGACCCACCUUUUUCCUCAAGGAGAUCCCUUCUCCUCCAUUUUCUCUUUCUACUUUUCUUUUUCUUCUUCUGUUUACUGUCUCUCUCUCUUCGAUUUCUUCCUCUCCCAAUCACCAUAUCAAGUAAAAUUAGUCUCUUUAGAUUCCUAUGCUCGUGAACUUCGCAUAGAUACUAGGAUUAUUCACCGUCGUUGUUUGGGUUGCACCAAUCAAAUAUUCAAAGUUCAUGAUCUUUUACAUUCUCUCUAAGAUUUCUCCCACACCAGAUAUUCUAUCCAAAAUCUGAAACUAUCAACGUGUUCUACUCAUCGAGAGCUUCGUGUAGACACCAAUUUCAUAAUUUUUCGGCAACAAAAAAUUUUAGAGAUCCAACGAUACCUUCAUUUUGGAGAAAUUCUACCGGAAUUUAAGUCCAAACCGGCUCAGGGACUGAUCUUCAAAAAGAUCACAGAACAGAAUCAUGGCAAAGGCAGAGAGCAGUUUCAAGCAGCCAAGGUGGUCUCUUCAGGGAAUGUCCGCUCUUGUCACUGGCGGCACUCGCGGAAUCGGAAAUGCAACGGUGGAGGAGCUUGCUGGGCUAGGAGCUAGAGUUCACACAUGUUCAAGAAAUGAAGCAGAGCUAAGUAAGUGCUUGAAAGAGUGGGAAGCCAAGGGUUUUGUGGUCACUGGAUCAGUUUGUGAUGUAACAUCUCGGGCCCAGAGAGAGAAGCUAAUUGAGCAAGUGGGUUCCCUUUUUAAUGGCAAUCUCAACAUUUUUGUUAAUAAUGUUGGCAAAUAUAUGUGGAAAGCAACUACUGAGUUCUCUGCUGAAGAAUUUUCAGAACUCCUGAACAUUAACUUUGAAUCUGCAUACCAUCUGUGCCAACUUGCACAUCCUCUUCUAAAAGUGUCUGGAGCAGGAAGCAUUAUAUUCAUUUCCUCUGUCGCUGGUCUUGUGCACAUUGGUCAUACCGGAUCAAUUUAUUCAUCAGCCAAAGCUGCAAUUAAUCAGCUUACAAAAAAUUUGGCUUGCGAGUGGGCGAAAGACAAUAUCAGGACAAAUUGUAUUACGCCAUGGGUUAUCAGAACCUCACUUGUGGAAAAUUUGCUUGAUGGGAAAGAGUUAUUGGAUAAAAUAGUCUCUCGAACUCCUCUUCAACGCCUUGGAGAACCAAAAGAAGUCUCAUCUUUGGUUGCAUUCCUUUGCCUGCCUGCUGCUUCUUACAUUACUGGACAGAUUAUUUCGGUUGAUGGAGGUUUGACUGUGAAUGGAUUUGAUCCUGUUAUGAAACUAGAUUGAGCAAAUCAGGCUGUUAUGGCUGAGGAGAUCAGAGAAAAAAUAAAUAUGGGAAUUGUUUGAAUAACAUAGCAUUGUAAUUUGCAGAUGCUCAAUUCAUUUCUUUAUGAUCCCCUUCAGUGAUCCAUUGUUUCCGCAACUAUUGGUAUCAGAGUUGAGUUUCAAAGUGCGCAGUGCUUCAAAUUCAGCUUCCUCCUCCUCUUCCUUUAUUGAAUCUAGGGUUUUCUUUUAUUCUCUCUCAUUUCUGGAAUCUGGGAACAAUUGAGAAGCUUUCUGCCAACCAGAAUCUUAUCUGUAUUUUUUUUUCCCCACUUGAAAAUGCACAUUUGUCCUACAUUUUAAA